AUGAGCAGCUUGCUGGCGAGAGCUGACAACCAACAGCGACUGUCGUCCCUCUUGUCAACACUUCUGGACGGCGACUCUCGGUCGGCGGGACGGAAAGGGCAGGGUUGACCGGCAGGGCCCACACUCAACCCUGGUGGGUCGGGAUAUGGAGUCAAGGAGGAAAAUGUUUCCCAACUUGAUGAAGAUCAGCGCAUACGUGAAGGACUACUGCAAGAGGAACGGCCUGCUGACUCUUUCAGUGUUUGCGGUGGUAACAGGCUGUGUGCUCGGAUUCUUCCUAAGGUCACUCAACCUGUCUACGCAGGCCAAGAUCUACUUUUCCUUCCCCGGGGAGUUGCUGAUGAGGAUGUUAAAGAUGCUGAUUCUGCCUCUCAUCACAUCCAGUCUUAUGUCCGGUUUGUCAGCCAUGGACACAAAGGCCAGCGGUCGCCUGGGUGUCCUGACCGUCACCUACUACCUGUGGACCACCUUCAUAGCGGUCAUCGUCGGCAUCGUGUUGGUCCUCAUUAUCCACCCGGGCUCGGGCGCCGACAAGGACGGCCACCACGCGCACUCUGGUCCGGUUAUGACUUCGGCUGAUGCUCUGUUGGACCUCAUCAGGAACAUGAUCCCGUCCAAUCUCAUCGAAGCUACCUUCCAGCAGUACCGAACGGACCUGAUACCGAUCGUGCAGAGCGCCAACACCAAAGAGUCGCAGGCCAACUACGUGUACGUCAUGCCCGACUACCACAACCCUCGCCUGGGCCACCCCGUCUUCCUGGAGAUCACCCCGGCGCCCGACGUCAAGUACAAGAUGGUGCCCAGCACCAGCAAGGGCAUGAACGUCCUGGGCAUCGUCAUCUUCUCCGCCACCAUGGGCCUGCUGCUGGGCAAGAUGGGCGAGCGAGGAGCGCCGCUGGUCAACGUGUGUCAGUGCAUCAACGAGUGCGUCAUGAAGAUCAUCAACGCCGCUAUGUGGUACUUCCCCUUUGGGAUCGUGUUCCUGGUGGCAGGGAAGAUUCUGGACAUGCAUGACCCCGCCCACUUGGGGGAAAAACUGGGCAUGUACUUCAUCACGGUUCUGUCCGGCCUCUUUGUGCACGGCCUCAUCCUGCUGCCCCUCUUCUACUACUUCUUCACCCGCAAAAACCCCUUCACCUUCAUCCGGGGCCUGCUGCAGGCUCUCGUCAUCGCCUUGGCCACCUCGUCCAGCUCGGCCACCCUCCCCAUCACCAUGAAGUGUCUGUUGGAGAACUGCGGAGUGGACCGGCAGAUCGCUCGCUUCGUGCUACCCGUGGGAGCAACCAUCAACAUGGACGGGACGGCCCUGUACGAGGCGGUGGCGGCCAUCUUCAUAGCUCAAGUCAACGAGUACGACUUGGACUUUGGCCAGCUGGUCACCAUCAGCAUCACAGCCACAGCAGCGAGCAUCGGGGCGGCGGGGAUACCUCAAGCCGGUCUGGUAACCAUGGUGAUAGUCCUGACCUCUGUGGGGCUACCGCCUGCUGACAUCUCCCUGAUUGUGGCCAUUGAUUGGGUUCUCGAUCGCUUCAGGACCAUGAUCAACGUCCUCGGCGACGCCUUAGCAGCAGGGAUCAUGGCGCAUGUGUGCAAGAAAGACUUCGAGAGGGCGGCUGCUGCCGAAGCUGCGACCGUUGCUAACAACUCGUCCGUCAGUAAGGGAGGAGGACCCAAACGGAGAGACACGGUGAUCUCGGUGGGCAACCAGAGCGUGACACUGUCGGACGCGCCCCUGAUGGCACACCGCUGCGAUUUCGUGUUCGAGGUGGACGGAGACAACAUCCUGGAGAAACCUGUGGCCUGCUACAACCUCUGCCAAGUCUAGAGACACUCACGUCAGCAGUGCUCCAACUCACAGGAGACCGCAUUUUUGCCAGUGCCAUGCCUAAAGAGAAACCUUCACUACUUGACGCAUCUUUUCAAUCGUCCGUCUGCAGCCAGUAGCGACUUCGGCUUUUAGAACCUCCACCAUAGAGAUUGUGCUAGCUAGACUCCAGUCAUGUUGCCUUAAAAAGUGGUCUCACCCAAACUGGGACAGCAGUAGCUGACUGACAAGCAGGGACACUUUGCCCAAGCUGCGACCCUGGUAUACAACGAAAACCGCAACAUUUUCUUAGAAGUCACAUUAGGAUGGUUGUUUUUAUACCGAUGGUUGUUGUUUUUUUGUCUGCUUAUGUUUUCCAAAUAAAACUUG